AUGGCUGGAGGAGGUGUAGUACGAUUUGGUGUGAAGAUGAUCAAAAUGGUUCUUCCAGUUGUGAAGGAGGUUCAAAGUUUGGGUUGUGAAAGUUCUCAAGGCAACCAGAUCUUUCUUUCAAAGGUUUUUCGGAAACUUGUUGAGAAGAUUUGGGAGAGAGUUGGGGGAGAAGAUGUCAGGGAGAGGAUCGAGCAGUUGGGGGAGGAGUAUGAGAAGUGGAGGAAGGAGAGGGAGGAGGAGUGUGAGAAGUGGUGGAAGGAUGCUGAGGAGGAGGAAGCUGCUGAGGAGAAAGAGGAGAAAGCUGAGAAGGAGGAGGAGGAAGCUGAGAGGGACGACAUCGAGGAGGAAGAAGAAGAAGAGGAGACCAAGUGGAGCAAGAUGGACGAAGUGAUGGAGCAUAUCUGCGAAGCUGGAGAUCCGUUUGUUUGGGGAAACUAG